AUGGCCUCUCCAAGCCCAAACCAAGGCUCUGCGCCAGCCACCCAGCCUCUCACUCCACCCGCUGAAUCGUCCUCUGCGGCCAACGGCGUCUCCGCCCCGGCCGCGACCACUCAAGCAUCCGCUGUGCCAGCCAAUACCGCCCCGACUACAUCAACUACACAGCCGCCGCACAUCCCUGGGACAUCCAUCCAAGAUAGCGGUAAGUCGCGACGCCCGCGCGAUGUCCGACUCGUACAUAUGCUCCUCGCCUCGCUCGGCGUGACAGCCUACCAAGAUCGCGUUCCGCUCCAGCUCCUCGAUUUCGCAUACCGGUACACCUCCAACGUACUCCAGGACGCAGUGCAUCUUGCAACGGAAGGAUACGCCAGCGCCGUCGAGGGCACAACGGGAGGGAAAAACUCGUCGGGGGAAGUGAACAGUGUGUCUUUGCCAGCACUACGACUGAGCAUCGCGUCGCGGCUGCAUUACCAGUUCCAGACUGGCUUGCCUAAGGAAUUUUUAAUGGAUGUCGCGUCGGAGAGGAAUCGUAUUGCUCUGCCUGGUGUUUCUAGGGGAUUCGAUGCUGCUACUGCCCCCAAUGGAACUGCUCCUGGUUCUGCGAAUCAGAGUGUUAUGAUGGCGGGUAUGCGAUUGCCGCCUGAGAGGUUCUGUCUUACGGGAACCGGAUGGAAUUUGAAGGAUGAGUGGGAUAGUGAGGGCGAGGAAGAGGAGGAUAUGCCCGAUGCGCCACAGCAGCAGGCCGGCAAGGAAGCAGGUACUGGAGGUGGGGAGGACGAAGAAGGCGGAGAUGAGGAUGAGGACGGCAAGAUGGAGGAUAUCUUCGGUGAAGACACGGCAAUGGGUGGAACCGGCGAGGGUGACGAGGACCAGAAGAUGAAUGAUGCUUAG